GACGUGCUCAGGCGCAACGUCGCGCUACACGCCGACGCCGAGGGCGAGAGCGUGGCAGAGGCGCGGCCCGCGCGCCUUCGGCAGAUGCAGAGGAGUGCGCGUCUCGAAGCUCGUCUGCAGGGCGUCGGUGGCGCGGAGGUGCUCGGGCGGAAGCUGUGCGCCGUGGAGGGCAACCCGGCCGUGCUUCGCGAGCAGGCUGCCCCGUUCUGGCCGCGGCACCCCCCAGGAGUCUGGGAGCAGCUGGGCGGCGCCGGCUGGGAGAGCAGGACUGCGAGCGGUGCUGCACGCGCGGAGGCGCGGCCGCCGCGGGCGCGGGACGCCUUCCUCACGGUCCAGCGCGGUGGGCCUUGGGAGCCGCUGCCCCCCGUGUGCAUCCGCUGCACGUGUGGCGCC